UAAUCAAAGAUGUUCGACAGCGCUUUUUAAUGAAAAUCUGCCAUUUGCUUAAGCAAAUAAAGCAGACCAUUUUCAGGUCCCAUCAUUCCCACGAGACGAGUUGUUGCAAUAUCUGUAUGAGUAUGAACAGACCGCUCUCGAUUACGGUGAUCAGCUACAAUAUCUGAAUGCAGCAAAAGAGGUCUAUAGCCGAAUUGAGGGAGAGGAAGCUGAUCGUAAAUUUGUGAAUGCUGUCUGUCUUCUUUGUGCCACUGUCGACCUACCAGAGCACUGGCUUGCAUUUGGAAUCAAAAUGGGACUUGAGGUGGGCCCAAACUUUCGUCUUGGAUACCAUGUCCGUGCUCUGAUGCUGCUGGAGCGCCACAUAAGCCAAGCGCGUGGCUUCGUUGUCAAUGCUCUGCAAAUCAAGGUGAACCGACUGAAGGAGAAAUUGACAACCAUAGGUUACUCGCCUGAGCAAAUUCGCGAAGCGCGGCUGGAAAUGGGUGCAGACCUAAUUUCAAACGAGGAAAGAUCAGAUUUGUCUGAAGAGCUUCAGCGUCCGGCUCAUGACUGUAGAUCUAAGAUUGGUGUUUACAAGACGCCAGAAGAGUGUUUGCGAAUACUUCGCGAAUUUAGGAGAAAGUUCAGCUGGAUGUUUAACGAUGUAUAA